UUGAGCUAGCAGUAGUACAAAAACAAUCCGAUUCCUUAGGAGAGCCGGCGGACUAUCAAUUACAAUUUGUAGAAAAGCGCAGUUUUAAAAAUUUAAUUCAUUUGUGUCUGCCCAGUCGAGCGGCUCCUUUAAAUGUGGUAUUAUUCUAUAUGAGCAGCAGGUUAGAUGCAAUACAGACAAGAAACCAAUCGCAAGAACAUCAAAUACAGGCACUACAACAGGAAGUUGAAAUGCAUUUACGUACAAUUGAACAAUUGAAUGGGGAUAAUAGUAAACUAAAAGAAGCCCUGAUUGAUAAUAGUCGAAAUUUAAAUCAACGGCAUUCAGAAGAAUUACAGCAUUUGCAAGAGAGCUUACGAAAAGCAUCUGAGCAGAGACACCUCGAUAAUGAACGUAGUCAAAAGACGAUUACGGCACUACAAUUGCAAGCGGAUAAAUUAAUAGCUGAGAAGAACAAUCUGCUUUCUGAGAAAAUAAAGGAACAAAAACGCUUCGAGUUGCUUAAUGAGGAAUUGGCUGGCGCCAAAUCACAGAGUUCAACAUUGAAGGAACAAAUAGAAAGACUACACGCUGAAAUAUCGAAAUUGAAAAAUACGGAGCGUAAAAAUGAAAUGCAUUUAACCGAUGCGCGCAAUCAUAUAUCGGAGAUGCAGGAGAAGUUUAAAAAAUAUGAUAAAGCUAAA